CUCGAGGGCUCAUCAAGAUAAAACUACAUAGGAGAAAGAGCACGCCUCAUCAUUGUUGUUCACAAUCAAACACCUGUGGUAAUCCUAUCCCCCACACCCCAACCAAUUGUUGUAUAUAAACCAGCGAACCUUCUCCUCUUUUUUCCACAUCGUCUUCCUUCUUCCCUUCCCUACCACCCACCCACCCAGUUCUCCACAUAAAAUGCUCGGACGAACGUCCUUCUCGGCCCUGGUGGUCGUCAUCGCCCUCAUCUUUACUCUCCUCUUCUCUGAGUCCGUCACGGCAGCUCCCACAAAGCCCCACAAGGCUACUCCUCCUAAGACCCAGGCUACUGGUCCUGUUACCCUCGCAAAGUUGACCAAGGCAUUUGCUGGCAAUUGCCCCACCAAGACCGUUGGCGAUCAGAUCACUUGCAAGGAUGCCCUCCCCUACAUCAACGCCGCCAUCAAGAAGUACAACCUCAAGACCAAGGGCCAGCAGGCCGCCUACAUUGCCACCAUGGCCUACGAGGGCGGUUACCUCAAGUAUAACCAUAACCUCGUCACCCAUAGCCAAGGAACCCGCUCGAUUAUGCCCGCUGUCUCAUUGCGCACCUUCAUCAACGCCAGCAAGUCCGUCCAAAAGUUCUUCCCCGGAUUCCCCAAUAACAUCAACGAGAACACCAUUGCCGAUGUCCUGAUCAAGCACCAUGCCGACUUUGAGCCCGGUGCCUGGUGGACUGUCUCGGGCCCUAACUGUGCCAAGGCUGCCUCCCGUCUCUCUGCUUCCCAGAGCAGCUUCACUGCUUGGGAGACCAGCUGCAUCAACGGUGGUACUGAUACCGUCCCUGCUCGUGCUGCCAUCUACAAAACCGUCUAUGCUGCUCUUAAAUAGACGACCCUCUUCAACUAAAAAAAAAUAUGUAUUAAUAAAAUUUGGCGGCAAAACCCUGGUGGUUUAUGACCUCCAAAC